AGGAACUCCGGAUAGAAUGAUAACAACGGGUUCAUUCAGGAGCAUCGUCUGAGGGUCAGGGUACGGGAGUCACGUGAGGUAGGCAUAAAACCGCCUCCCCCUCGCGAUCACAAACUGUUAGGGAUCCACACCUGACGCCCAUAUCGGAUACAAGGUGAAAAUGUUACAGACGAUUUUGUUGGCCGUUCUGUUGUGUUUUGUGUCCGUUCAGGCACAGAACCCUACACCAUGUAUAGCGCCGUCGCAGUUCCAUGCCCGAGCGUCGCUUUACGACCAUCAGGCAGAUUUCGUUAACCGCUAUAUCUACAUUUACGACGCUGCAAACCGCCGCCGUGUCUUGUUCGAAGAGAUGGACGUAGGAAUGCCGGGACAAAAAUUUUACGUGUACAUGGAGUUCGCUAACGAAAACGUGAUGUACCAAAUCGAUAUCAAGAGCAGGGAAUGCACAAAGAGCAUCCCACGACCAUGGCGACCGAUCGGAAUCCCUGGCAACGCGACGUUUGAAGGGGAGAUGACUCUUGGAGGACCAGGGGAAAGCUUCGUUGUUCAGGAAUGGUCAGACAAGAUCCCGUACCGGCAUAAUGCUAUGUUCUACAUACAGUUUUCAUUGGUCAACUGUUAUCCAAUAAAAAUGGUCGAAGUAUCUGACAACAACGUCACCAACUCCGUUACCACUACCUGGUACGAUCUGGUCGAGGGUAUUCCGAACCCGAACGAUUUCAUUGUUCCGAAGGAGUGCCAGACGGCCAAAUGGGAAAAGGUCAUGAAACUUACCCACAAGUAAAACAUUACCGGAAAUGACGUCAUAAUAAAGUGGUGCAAGAGUUGAAUGAACGAAAUAAGAAGGCAAUAAUUUAUCGAAUUGAAAGGAAAUAAUAGUUACGGACGAAAAUUUUAAUUAAUUAUAUCAUUAACACGGCAAAUCAUUAGCACAAUUGUAAUCUUAAAUCAUUUGCUUGUUCCGCAUAGUGCCAAUUAUUGUCCCGUCAGUGAAAUCGAUUGAACUUUUUUUAAAGCGCGGUUGUUUAUACCUAAACUGUAAAAGUGAAAUCGAUUAAACGUGACUUCAAGAGUAUUAUUUUAUGCAUUGACAAUGGAAUAUGAUUAUGUGAAAUGAAAGUCAAUAUAUUUGUAUACCACGUGUUUAUGAAAGACGUGCAUGAAUGCCAGAGAGAUUGUAGUCAACCUUUUAGUAUGCGUUAGUUUGUUUAACCCCUCUUCGAUGUCGCUGUUAGCAUGACAUCGCUUCUUCUGUGAUGUCGUUAUGAAACAACAUAGUUGGUUUGAAUGUUGCUAUGUAUACUAGCUGCAUGUGUGCCUUAUGUAACUUAUUUGUUUAGAUUUUAUAAAAUAUGUAACUUUAAUUUUAAUAUUAUAUGUAAAUAUAUUCUUGUUCUCUGAACGAGGUAUAUCAGGCAGGGCGAUAGUGCAAUAAUAAGAUAGUUAAGAUAUAUCUAGUUAGCUCCCCUUACCCUCUUGCUUAUCUCCCCUUUAUUUAAUACAUCAUGUUUAAUGGAGCCCUUCAAAGCUGUGUUAUAAUUCUCAACAUGAAUGCACUGCCUCCCUAUUUUAUAUAGCUGCUUUCGCUGCUUUUGCAUCAGUUAUCUCCCCUGCAUUAUAAAAAUCAUGUUGUAAUUGAGUUCUCUAUAUCUAUGUUGUGAGCAUCCUUAAUAUGAACGUAUUACCUCCCUUGUUGACACAGUGUUUACCUGCCAAUGUCUGACUUAUCUCCCUUAAAUACAUUUAUCAUUGUAUAAUACAGUCCUCCAAAUUGUGAUUCCCUUACACAUGAAUGUAUUACCUCCCCUGUUUAUAUAGUUCAUUCCCCUGUCAUUAUCUCGUUCAACCAGAAUCUUGUUGUCUUCACAAGUUACAAGUGAUCAGGCGUCUGGUUGAACGAGACUACCCUGUCAAUGUAUGAGUUAUCUCCCCGUCUUGUAUAUACCAUUGUAUAAUGGAGCCCUCCAAAGCUGUAUUGUGAUAGUGCAGAUAAUGCUUAAUACACGGAUCUCAGAAUGUUUCACUUUUUCAUUUUGACGGGUAUUGCGCAUGCGCAUGUAACUAUACCUGACGAUUUUUAUUCUUUCCGCAAAAUGGUGUACUUUAUAAGAUCGGUUGGAUGUUAUUUAUUGAUGUUUCGUCAAAUGUAAAGACGAAGAGUCUCGAGAAGUCCCGGGAAUCGUAAUAUAAUCGAUAUGUAUAGCUGAUACAAACGUCGAAAGAAAAGAUGAACACUGAUGGUCAAAGCUCGUGUGUGACACGCAUAGUGAUAAUGCUGUAAAUAGCUUUUAAUUUGUGUAAAUUUCUCACCUGCUUUUUGUAGCUUUUACAGACACACCUUUAGAAAUAUAUAUAUAUAUGUAUGUAUAUAACACUUGUAUGUAAAUUAUAUACGGCUAAUUGCCAUUUGUAUAUGUGUAACUGAUGUGUUACCUAUAAAUAGAACAGUAUAAUAGAUAAUGUAAUUUUGUAAUGUAAUAUCUAAUAUAAUGUGAGUGUAUAGUUGUAAAUAUUGGUAUACCUGUUGUAAGGUUAAGUGUGAAUAUAUUGUAUGAAUGAUGGGUUGUUCUCGUGUGAAAGACUUCUGUCUUUUUCCAGCAAUAAUCCCAUUUCUGUGGUAGAUUAUUGUGGAAAUAGGUGCCUCUUAAUACUCAUAUGUACAGAAAAGUUUGUGAUGUGAAUAAAUGUAGUAUCAAAUAAU